AAAGAGAAGGGAAAGUGUAGCUUGAUUGUGUUAAAAGUAUGCCAGGCUAAAGGCAGUGGUGUGUAAGGAGUGGGGAGCUCUUGUGCAGCAGGAAGGAUGGAAUGGCUGCCACAGAAAGUUGGGGCAUGGCAGGAGGGAGCAGCCAGGGUCAUGGGAAGUGGACAGGGUGGACAAAGCCUGGCAUGACACAUCUGCUGUUGAGGUCCAGCACUGAGGGUGGAAUACUUGACGGAUGGAAUAGCAAUGGCAAGGCUGCUGUCAUUGGUAGGAUGCAGAGGUACAUCAUUUCCUGUCUGUGCCUUGGACUCGACUGUUCUAUUGGCACUCCGGCAAAGCUGGCUCCCAUUCCUGAGGGUUGGCAGUGUUAAUGGGGUCUGUAUUAAACAGUAUGGAGUCAGCAGCUCUUUGAGAGGGAAGAAAUCUCAACACAAAUACUUUCCAUGCAAUCAGCUCUACCAGAUAUCACUGUUAAGUACAGAUGCACAGCAACAGCAACUCAGACGAGGAAGUGCAGCCGACACCUCCAUUCACUUGCCGGCUGAAAAAACACAGACUUCCAGUACCUCAUUAAAGAAGAUAAAACCCACCGAAUAUAAUAGAUUAUUUGCUUUGGCCGCUCCGGAGAAAUGGACUCUAGCCGGUGCUAUUGGUCUUCUGGCAAUCUCAAGUACGAUAACAAUGUCAGUGCCCUUUGCGUUGGGCCAUGUCAUCGACAUCAUUUACACAGCUGACCCAGAAGCCAUGAAACAGAAUCUGGACAAGGUCUGCCUUGCCCUGACCGGGAUAUUCCUUCUGGGGGCAUCAGCCAACUUUGGCCGUGUCUACCUCAUGAACAUAGCAGGCCAGCGCAUAACCCGGGCACUGCGCUCUUUAGUAUUCGCUUCUGUGAUGAAACAAGAAAUUGGCUUCUUCGACACCAACAAGACUGGGGAGCUGAUUAACCGCCUCUCAGCUGAUACGUCCCUUGUUUCACAGUCAGUCACCAUGAACAUCUCUGAUGGGCUGCGGUCAGUUGUCAUGGCCAUGGCAGGGGUGGGAAUGAUGUUUUACAUGUCUACCAAACUAGCCGUUGUUGGUCUGAGUAUUGUACCACCUGUAGCUCUCCUUGCAAUAGCAUAUGGUCGCUAUGUGCGCAAAAUUACACAGAGUGUCCAGGACACGCUAGCUCAGGCAACUCAAGUGGCUGAAGAAAGAAUUGGCAACGUCCGCACAGUCAGGUCCUUCGCACAAGAACUCAAGGAAAUCCAAACGUACGACUCUAAGAUCGAUCAUGUUCUCAAGCUCACAUACAAGGAGUCAUUGGCGAAAGGAAUAUUUUUCGGGAUGACAGGGCUGAGUGGCAACAUUAUCAUCCUGUCAGUCCUCUACUAUGGAGGAGGUCUCGUGGCUGAGUCUGCCCUUAGCGUUGGGCAGCUGUCUUCCUUCCUCCUGUAUGCGGCUUAUGUGGGCAUUGCAUUAGGGGGGAUUUCUUCCUUCUACUCAGAGAUGAACCGCGGCAUUGGGGCAUCAACCAGGCUCUUCUCCCUGAUGGACCGCGAGCCAGCCAUUCCAACAAUGGGAGGUUUAACGCUCCCUGUGAAUGAGGUGAAAGGAGAAAUUCGCUUUAGCAAUGUAAAUUUUGCUUAUCCAUCGAGACCUGAUGUUACACUAUUUAAAGACCUUGACUUUUUCGUUCCUGCUGGCUCAGUCGUGGCUGUCGUUGGUGCAAGUGGCUCGGGAAAAAGUACCAUUGGCUCUCUCCUUCUGCGACUCUACGACCCAAUUGCUGGAGAGGUCACAGUGGAUGGUGUGCCCAUCACUCGGUUGGAUCCAGCCUGGCUGCGCGCUCUCAUUGGUUCCGUUAGUCAGGAACCCGUCCUCUUUUCUACCAGCAUCCGUGAAAACCUCCUCUAUGGUGCCCAGGAUCCUAGCAGCAUCACCGAGGAACAGCUGGUUAGUGCAGCGCAGGAGGCCAACGCCCUGAACUUCAUUAAUUCUUUCCCCGAGGGCUUUGAUACCCUAGUGGGGGAGAGAGGAGUCAUGCUCUCCGGCGGCCAGAAACAGAGGAUUGCCAUUGCCCGAGCUAUCAUCAGCAAUCCUCGCAUCUUGUUGCUGGACGAAGCUACCAGUGCCCUUGAUGCUGAAAGUGAAAGUUUAGUCCAGGAAGCCCUGGAGAGACUUAUGGAAGGACGAACAGUGAUCACCAUUGCACACAGGCUUUCAACUAUUAGAAAUGCAGACCAAAUUGCUGUUCUCCAAGAUGGAACCAUUGCAGAGCUCGGUUCCUAUAAAGACUUAAUGGCACAACCCAAUGGCAUCUUCCGCAAGUUGGUUGAGAGGCAGACCAUCACAAGCUAGGAAAAGGCACUUGGGUAAACACUAAGUAGUAAACUGUGAGCAUGUGCUGUACUUUAACGUACCUGCAAGAGUCUUUUAUUAAGGAUAUUAGCAUUGUUGGAUAGAGUUCAUUUCCUAUUUGGCAAUAAAUAUCUCUAGUAUUAUUUUCAAUAAACAGCGCCCUGUUUAUUGUACAUUUACCUCUCAAGCUAUCUGUAAAUAUAGAUAAUAAUUUAUUUGAUGAAUAAAUUGCAAGGCUUAAAUUCCCACCUAUAUUUAGUUUCCUUGCAAAUGUGUGAAUGAGAUUUAUACACAUCUUUUGUUAUUGUAUUUUUUUCUCAGGCCUCAUCCAGAAUUGUAGAAUGAGGAGUUACAGAGUUUUUUUUUUAUACUGAAAGAUAAAGUUUGCAAUUUGCUUUAGCUCUGCGGCAUUUAUAAAAGUUGAAAAAAAAAACAAAUGAGAACUCAAGGCUGAUGGCAAAUUUGACCAGAAAUAUGAAUAGCCAGGUCAUGAAUAUCAUAUAAAAUAACUAAGAAAGACUAUGUGGCUGUCUACUUACGACCAAAGUACUAUAGUAUAAUCUGCUGUGCACAAAGAAAGAUUGAAUAUUGAAUGAUAAAACAGAAAAUUGAACAAUUUCUUGGUUCUUUAUCUUUAUAUUAGUCAUAGAUAUAUAAGUAUACCAAACUUUAUUCAAUCUGAACCAGAAAACUGUGAAGGAAAAUGAAAUAUGAAGCCUGUCAGUUUUUCUCACGAUAAGGAAUAUGUGCCUUUCAUGGUUGUUGGGAAUAUAUAGGUUUAUUGUACCAAUAGACGUAAGUGAUGAUAAUGAUAAAAUUAUUAUUGUUAUUAUCAUUAUUAUUUUUUUUUUUUUUUAUUAAUGAACAAGUAUAAUCAAAGGAUUCAUGAUGAAAUACAGAUGUACCAUCAUUGUUCUAAGUAUUUUUUUAUUUUAUUUACAUAAGUAAGUGAUGAUAAUGAUAAAAAAUUAAUAUCUCAAAACAUUUUUUUUACUAUUAAUGAACAAGUAUAAUCAAAGGAUUCAUGAUGAAAUACAGAUGUACCAUCAUUGUUCUAAGUAUUUUUUUUAAUUUUAUUUACAUAAGUGAUGGUAAUGAUAAAAAAUUAAUAUCUCAAAACAUUUUUUUAUUAUUAAUGAACAAGUAUAAUCACAGGAUUCAUGAUGAAAUACAGAUGUACCAUCAUGGUUCUAAGUAUCUUUUUUAAAAUGUUUUUUAGGUGUUCUGUAAUGAUGAAUACUUUGCAUAAGAAUAAGAAUAUCAUGUUUGAUUGUGUGAGUAUGUAUGGUUACAUGUGAAUGUGUUUGUUGAUGUGUCUGAAUUCACGUUUCAUAUUCAAUAUAUCCAUAUGCAUGUAUAUAUGAUAAAUAUAAGUGUAUGUAUGUGGGCAUUUACCCCAUGUUGUAAUUUUUAAAUUGUCCUUUAUAUCAGCAUUGAACAAUAAGAAGGUAGCUACUUUUUUGUGUAAGAUUAUAAGUGCAAUGCAAAUUCUGAAUUAUUUAUAUACUGUUGACCAACUAUUUUGAAGUAUGUGUAGUAAUUCUAGCUUCCAUGUUUUCUUUGUUUUUAUUGCUUUUCUAUGUGUUUAUUUUUAUUUGUCAAUUAUCUUGAUAGACCAAUUUAUGGAGGUUAGAACUUUUUUGUGAUAUAGCUUCUGUAAUUUUUUAUUCACCAUCUGUUUAUCUUCAUAUGUAACAGUGUGGCAAAAAAUUUGGUUUACCAUUAGCACCUUUCCUUUUUUUUUAUUGCACUUUUGAUAUCUGGUGCACAUGAAAAGGAUGAAAGAUCUGAUUAAAUGAAGGAGUGUUACAAGCAUUGGAGAAAUUGAGCAAGUGGGAAAUCAAGGGUAAUGAAAAAUAGCCACAGUAUGAAAAUGAAAUUAUAAUUAUCCUUUUUUUUUCCAUUAUAUUUCACUGGUUGUUUUUCACUGACUUGCUUCAAAUUACAGAAAAGGUUUAUCUACUUUCUUUUUUUAUGGAUAAACUAAGUAAUUUGAGUGAACUUUUGUGAGUAAUGAAUACAGCAAAUAUUAUUAAACUUGAGUGCUACAUUGUUGUACUGACAUUUUAUGGUAUAGAGUCUUUAUAUAAAAUCUUCAAUGUACACAAGUCAUUUAGAUUAUUAUUUUCUUAUUUUUUCAAUAAAUUGUCUCAUUUAGGAUCCAAUUUGACGAUUUGAAGCUUAUGUUAUUUUUUUCCCUUUGCCGAUAAUCUAUGUUGUAGAAAUUGUAUUAGUGAAAUGAGUUAAGCUGGUGACAAUGCUUUUAGUUUCAAAGUAGAAAGAACCAAAACUUCUUGUGUAUCUUCCAUAAGCCAGUUUUAUUUAGAGGUAUUUGUAAAAGCUGUAUUUAGCUUCUACUUUCAUGUCUAAAGUUAAUUCUCAACCUGCAUUUACUAUCAAAACAGAAUGCUUAAUAGAACUUUGUUUUUGUAGUUGGUGAUGGGGAUAGAGCUAAACGAAACACAAUUUGUCUUUCUCUACUUUUUUGUUUCAUUAAUUUAUUUGUUAUUGUUUGCCGUUAAAUUGCUAGAUUAAAUUAUUUUCAUUUUUCAUAUAGCACGAUGCUCAUCAGGAGUUAUAAUGUAUAAACAUGUAUUAAAGAUGUAGAAUUGUUUAGAUUGUUUCAUCAAUAUGUAUAUAUAUAUAUUUGGGAAAGUGAUGAUAAUAAAAAUAUUGAGUGAUAA